GUACUUCACAUAAUCGACUAAGAAUCUGAACUUACUUACCUCUAAAAAUUUCAAAGUGUGAUCAUUAUGAAGUGUUCUACUUUUAUUGCACUCUUCUCAUUUAGUUUCGCUGUCAUCGCAGACUUCGACAUGUACCAUGGCAAAUGGAUGGUUCUUGGAGAAUUCGAAGUGGAUCGCGAUAUAUGGCAGAUUUUCCAGACCGAUCCCAACUGUGACCAAGCUUGGAAUACCCCGGUAACCGAUGACAGUUAUGAUGUGAGUGGGAACAAGCUUGGUGUCCGCUGUGUGGGCAGUGGAUGUGAUGGUAGUAAUGAUCCUUGGGAUAUUGAUCUUGUGGAAAUGCAUUACUCAAACAACCCCCUUUAUCACUGGACCAUCUAUAAAAAUCGCGACAGUUAUGCAAUGAUUGGUCUCGACGGCAGAGUCUACGGCAACUGCGAUCCAUUUCCUUCAGUCAGCUAUUACUGUCCACAAUUCGCAUCAUGGAUACGUGGCGACCGCAAGUUCCGCUGCUACACCCAGUUCACUGCCGCACAGAUCAAUGAAGGAAGAAACAACCACUAGGUAGCUUCACUGCCGGAGGAAUUGCAUUUUGAGACAGAGACAACUUGAGCUGGAUUGGCAGUACAGCUGUUAUCUUAUCUUGGGGUUAUUUUGUUCCUUGAACUUCGCUCUCCUACUUGGCAUACAUUUAGCUUUAUAUAUUGGUAUCACGGUGCCUGAUUAGUUAGUACCUGGUUGCCAGACGCUUGCAGAGCUUCCCAUAUACAGUUGAUCAAUCUAGGCGCGAUAUUAAACUCAAGAUGACUUAGUUCAAGAGCAG